CACCGCUGGACCGCCGCAGCAUUACUUUAUAAACAUGGCUCUGGACAUCGGCUCAUGGGAUCUGGCGUGUAAAUUUAAUAACACGGACCACCACACGGAGCUGAACGGCACAGACCGGCUCAUCGUGAGGAGAGGACAGGCCUUCACCAUCAACCUGCAGCUCAACUCCGGCUCAUACCAGCCCGGAUACAGUCAGAUCAACAUCACUGCAGAGACUGGUCCUGAUCCGCAGCAGCAAUACGGCACCAGAGCCGUGUUCAGCCUGAGCUCAGAGGUGGACAGUUCAUGUUGGAGCGCCGCCGUCUCCAGUCCACCAGGAGAAUCCGUCUGUCUGUCCAUCUGCGCCGCUCCGGAUGCUCCAAUCGGACACUACACGCUGACUCUAGACGAGCGGAUCCAGAUCCAAUUCAUUCUGCUCUUCAAUCCCUGGUGUCCACUUGAUGUGGUGUACAUGGACAAUGAGGAGAAGCUGGCGGAGUAUGUUUUGGCUCAGGAUGGCAUCAUCUUCAGGGGCGAUGCCGGAUACCCCGUCCCGCUGGCCUGGAACUUUGGACAGUUUGAGGAGGGAAUCCUGGACGCGUGUUUCAGGAUCCUCGACAUGAACCCAAAACACAGAAGAAACCCUGCCAAAGACUGUUCUGGACGCAGAAACGUCAUUUAUGUCACCAGAGUGCUGAGUGCUAUGAUCAACAGUAAUGACCAGGAUUCAGGGGUCCUGGAGGGCUGCUGGAGGGACACAUUUGACGGCGGCGUGAGCCCCAUGUCCUGGGGAGGAAGCGUUCAGAUACUAAGGACGUGGGACAGGAGCUCGUGUCUGCCAGUGCGGUAUGGCCAGUGCUGGGUGUUUGCAGCCGUCGCCUGCACAGUGGCUCGUGCUGUCGGGAUCCCGUGCAGAGUUGUAACAAACUAUUAUUCAGCCCACGACACCAACAGCAACCUGCUGAUCGAGCGCUACGUCAACGAGAAAGGAGAAGUUGACCACAGCAGCACCAGAGACAUGAUAUGGAACUAUCACUGUUGGGUCGAGAGCUGGAUGGGUCGUUCCGAUCUCCCGCCGGGUUUCGAUGGCUGGCAGGCAAGUGAUCCAACGCCGCAGGAGAAAAGUGAAGGUGUGUUCUGCUGCGGGCCGGUUCCUGUACGGGCCAUAAAAGAAGGAGAGCUCACCUUUAAAUACGACGCCCCGUUCGUGUUCGCGGAGGUGAACGCAGAUUUAGUGUACUUCCUCAAGUCUAAAGACGGGAGCACAAGAAAGAUCAACUAUGACCAGAAAGUGGGCCAGAAGAUCAGCACCAAGAGCGUCGGCCGAGACGAGAGAGAAGACAUCACACACCUCUACAAAUACCCUGAAGGCUCAGCGGAUGAGAGGCGAGUGUUUGAGAAAGCCAAUCAUCAGAAUAAGCUGCUCCAGGAGAAGCAAAACACGGGUCUGAACAUCACCAUCAAACUGUCCAGCGGCGUCAGGAAGGGCUGCGACUUUGACGUGUUCGCCAUCGUGACCAACGGCACAGCGGAGGAGAAGAAGUGUCGUCUGGUGUUCGCGUCCCGAGCGGUGUCGUAUAACGGAGUGAUCGGCAGAGAGUGCGGCUUUAAAGACUUGCUCAAUGUGGAGCUGCCGCCUGGAGGAGAGAGGAAGGUUCCUCUGAGGCUGAACUACAGUAAAUACUGCAAUAACCUAACAGAAGAUAACCUCAUCCGUCUCGGGGCUCUGCUGAUCGACUACAGCACCAGAGACGCCAUCAUGGCCAUGCGGGACAUCGUGCUGGACGACCCUGAGAUCAAGAUCAGGAUUCUGGGAGAACCCAAGGAGAACCGUAAGCUGGCGGCGGAGCUCACUAUCCAGAACCCACUGCCUGAAGCCUUACAGAGCUGCUGCUUCACUAUAGAGGGAGCAAACCUGACCGGUGGAGACAGCAUCACACACACACUGGAUUCCAGCAUUGAACCGGGGCAGGAGGCCAAAGCCAAAAUCUACUUCACUCCCACUCAGUCUGGCCUGCGCAAACUCCUCGUGGACUUCAACAGCGACAAGCUGGGCCACGUUCGAGGAUACAGGAACGUCAUCAUCGGGAAAUGAGCACGUCAAGCCAUCAGUCUUCCAUUGUAUACCUGUCAUUAUUCACAGAGAUUUACCUUCUCUUUCAUAUACUGUAUUUUUGUAAGAAUGUGAAACUCCACGCUUCUGUAGUGGGACACACCGCACACACACAAGAGUUUUCAAGCACACAACACACAACUAUUAAUGACUAGAAAUCUUUUUAGGACUCUGAAAUAUACACAUUCCUGGAUGUGUUUGGACAUUUGUUUUUGCAACAAAUUAAAUUGUGCAUGGAAGUCUGACUGAGAUUUUAGGCCAUAUACAGUAAAUUCUGCAUGCUCAUGUUGUUUUUGCUUGAAAUAUAUAUAAAAAUUUUAUAUUCAUCUGUAAUUUUUACAUUAAAAUGAUGCUGUAAUCA